AUGGCGGAAGAAGAGAAGAAAAAGGAGGACGAGUCGAAAAAAGUUGUACAUACUUAUCCCCUUGUUAGACAUUCUGAUAUGCCCGAAGAACAACGAAUCGAAUCAGUCGAGUUGGUAGUAACGGCAUGUGAAAAGCAUUCUGCUAAUAACGAGGCGGCUGCAAGAAUGAUAAAAGAAGAAAUGGAUAAAAAACUUGGUCCUCCAUUUCACGUUGUUGUUGGUGAGGGAUUCGGUUUCGAAAUAUCGUACGAAUGCUCGAAUUUGCUCUACAUGUUUUUUGCUGGAAAUUUAGCCAUAGUUAUAUGGAAAUGUUGAAGUAUUUUUUUAUCUAAAAAGUUUUUGAAGAUCCUGUAAUACAUAUUUGGAGCAAAUGAAUAUUUUCGAUGUCGUUUGUAUUAAUAUAAUGGAAGAAUUACAUUUAAUGGAAAAUGGAUAAUUAUUUCAAUAAAAUAAAUGAAAUUAAAGCAUUCGUAUGUUUGAAAUUAUUAUUUUUUUAUUGUGCGGUUAUAAGAGCUAAAGUCAAAAUUUUGAAAUCUUCAGGAGUACAACAACAAAGUUUAAAACAUACAAAAUCUUUCUUCUGUAUUUUGUAAACAUUUUGACUUAAACUCUUUUGACUCCUCAUUUUAAAUCGUGGUCGUUAAGACUUGAAUAAAAAAUUUUUAGUAGAACAACUGUUCAAAAUAUGUAAAAUCUUCUUUCUAACCUAACCUAACCAAAUUAUUAGACAACUCCCUGUUCAUUGCCAGCUAGUCUUCACUGGAACACGAAGUCUUCGGUCUUCUUCCUUCUAGGUUAUUCAUUUCUUACGCUGAGUAUAUGGACUAGUGUGCGAGCAAAGCUUGUGGCGCAGCCGUACAAACACCGAGCUCUAUGAAGACUCCAGCCUGGUGACAGAAGUCAAGAGGACCAGACUCAGAUGGCUAGGCCUCUUGGAGCGUAUGUCUGAAGCGCGAGGGGUGUACAGGACAGGAGGACUGCCUGGGUGACCGCGGAAAACAUGGCUGGAUGAUGUCGAAGAGGAUUUUGGAGAGCUAGGUGAGACGCCAAGCGUUGGACCGUGAGAGGAAUGUGAUGGACGAGGCCAAGACUCUUUGAGGGCGUAGUGCCAGAGGAUGAUGGUGUUAGAAGUUUUCCUUGUAUAUUUCUUAGUAUGUUCAUUUCAACUGUUUUCAUCGUCUUUAAUGACCUACUUGUAUCUGGUCUUGUUUCUAUUGCGUACCUGGUACCCUUUACAACUAACUAAAACUAGUUCCCUUGCAACUGUUUACCUUUAGAGCCUAUUGAUUGUCUGAAAUUUUACUUGAAUAUUAAUUACAGUGGCAUAUCAACCGAGCCAUAAGCUCUUAAUCUUUUGCUGAUUUCUGAACUGAAAUGAGAAUAGAAGCGAGUACAUUUCAAAUAGAAAACUGACUUCUUGAUAUUUUUAUUUUUAAAUUUCUAGUACUUAAUUGACUCGUUUUGUAGUUUCUGACUGUGAACACCUGGUUGACAUUUGUUCCACAGGUCUUAUUACCAUUAUGUAUAGCCAUAGGUUCACUUUUAGAUUGAGUCCCAAGGUUUAUUACAGAAUCUGCUCACUAUUAAAACCUUGUCAAGGUGUGCUCCCCACAUCAAUUUCUAGUGAAAUAUGAUUCCGAGGUACUUUAUUUUUAAUACAGUAAAAGAUUUGUAUCUGAUUAAAUUUCUUAUUCAAUAGAAAGCUGGUUGUUUUUUUAUGAAUUAACCUCGCCACACCAUUCAUCUUCUUUUUCUAGUGUCUUAUGAGUUCUUUAUGAAAUUUAUCGGAAUUUGUGGAAUUAUACUAAUCGAUUGUUCUAAAGCACUUAAUUUCUGAAUUAAAUUAUUAAAUCAAAGUAUGAUAUAGGAGACUUUUCAACCUCAACAACGAUCUAGCUUUGAUAAAAACUAUAAAAAGGUAUCUAUACAAUGGAAAUAACUAUCUUAUUAACAAU